AUGGAUCAACAAAAUCAAACCAUGCGUUUGGUUCUUUCCACUGAUGCUAAGCCUAGGUUGAAAUGGACUCAUGAACUUCACCAAAGAUUCACUGAUGCUAUUAACCAACUUGGAGGUGCAGAAAAGGCGACACCGAAGAGUUUGAUGAGGGCGAUGGCGAUUCCGGGACUCACUUUGUAUCAUCUCAAGAGUCAUUUACAGAAAUAUAGACUUGGAAAAAACCAAUUCGUCGAAACCUAUUCCGAUGAUAAACAAGAUUACAUAGAGAUUCAAAGUAGUGACAGUCAAUGCAGCAGAGAAAUCAGCGUCGCGAACCAGCAUCAAUCGACGGAAAGUUCGAAGAUUGCUGAGGCGCUUGAGAUGCAAAUGGAAGUACAAAAGAAACUCUAUGAACAAAUUGAGGUACAGAAACAUUUACAGUUUAGAAUUGAAGCGCAAGGAAAGUACUUACAAUCGGUACUAAUGAAGGCGCAAGAAGCACUUGCAGGAUACGGUUCUACGUCUGCGGUUGGUGUAGAACAUGCUAAAGCUGAACUUUCUCAGUUAUUAUCAACAAUCAACAAUGCAUGUCCUAGUUCUCCGAUUUCAGAACUAACAGAAACGCGAGGUUUGAGUUUAAACUUCGGCGAGAGGAAACAAAAUCGAGGAACUAUGUGUUCUUUAUCGAGUUCUCUAACAUCAUCUGAAAGCUCCGAGAGAAAAGACGAAAAACAAACCAUAAACGAGGCAGAGAACACUCCGAAUUACAAUAGUGUUUCCAUUGAAUUGCCGUUAUUGGCCAUUGGUACUAACGAUGGAGCUCACGCGAGAAAAAGAAGCGCGGUUACUGAUUUGGAUUGUGGCUCUGUUGAUCAACCAGAUGGAAAAUUUUAUGGCAAAAAAUUGAAGGAAUCUGAGAUGUCACAAAUGCUUGACUUGAACAGCAAGUAUGAAAGAGAGAUUGAGUCAAGUUCAUUAGAAAUAGAUUUAAAUUGCAGUUCAAGCUUUUAG